AUGGCUUAUGGCGAUGACUAUGGCCCACUUGAUCCCGCCAGCGACACUCUGUCACCCUUACCGAAUAGUCAUCGUAAUGGGCUUAUCGCUGUCGCUGUCUGUGGAAUCAUUUCCCUCAUUUCGACAUCGGCAUUAUUCCUAUACUUGACAUAUAAGUUGGUAACCUGGCGCGUACGGACUUGGGAAAUUAAAGAUGACGACCACCAAACACCAGCCAAUGACCUAUCUCUGGGCCUAGCUCAGAGAAACUUUGGGAUGUCCAAGAGGGACAUUCCCCAGGGACUAGAGGGAAACGGGCAGCAACGGCGACGGCCAAUGCGAAGACGACCAAACCAGUUUCUUGUUCUUGUAUACAAUCUGUUCCUUGCAGAUAUGCACCAGGCUACCGCGUUUGUGUUGAACAUCCCGUGGAUACAGAAAAACGAAAUCAUCGUCGGUAGUCCGAGCUGCUGGGCACAAGGCUGGUUUGUGUCGACAGGAGAUCUGUCAGCGAGUUGUUUUAUUUGUGCCAUUUCCAUUCACACGUACCUCGGCGUUGUGAAAGGCUAUAAGCCACCACACUGGGCGUUGCAUCUUGCUAUAGCUGGUCUCUGGCUAUUUAUCUACAUCAUGGCCGUCGCUGGAGUGGCCGCAACAAAUAAUGGAAAAGGAGCUGGUGGAUUCUAUGUGAGGGCAGCAGCCUGGUGCUGGGUGAAUGUUAGUUUCGAAAACCUUCGCCUUUGGCUUCAUUACUUAUGGAUCUUCGUUUCGAUUCUGGUAACCAGUAUUCUAUACACCCUCAUCUUCAUCUCUCUUCGGAAACGGAAUGUCUUCUCUCGGCCUCACUCGCAUCGCCGACCAUCGGCAACUGCCAGACCUGAGCAGAAUAACGCCUCCACUCAAGAGCACCCGUCGGGUCAUCAUCCGGCUUUCCUUAUAUACCCGCUUAUUUACGUGCUUUGCACGGCGCCGUUAGCUUUAGGUCGUAUUGUGACUAUGUCUGGGAGAGAUGUGAGCAUAGCAUACUUCUGCUUGGCGGGUGCGAUGAUAGCCUCUAAUGGUUGGUUGGAUGUGCUUCUCUUUUCGACAACCCGGCACUCGAUUAUUUUCAACGCGCCACUAGACUCCGAGAAUACGGGCAUAGAGACCUUUGCAUUUAUGAGGACACCAUACUGGAGGAAGUAUGGAAACAUGGUUUGGGUACAAGGAGGAGCCCAGACGAGGAAUGUUCAAGACAACCACCAACCAAGGAUACGAAGAAGUGCAGCUCGGGGAUUCGAUAAGCUCAAUCGACUCGCGAGAUGGGGUGGUAGGGACGGUCGUGCCGCGAAUGGAGCAGGUCGUUGGAAUGGUAGCCGACGAGGUGGAAGCCAGGAGUCUUUAAGAGGCAUUACAGAGCAGGCCGAGACUGGUAUUCAGAUGGACACAGUCACGACAGUCGUCGUUGAGAUCGAACACGACGAUGCGAAGACGAGGUCGCGGGAGCCUUCCGCCCACUCGGUAGACAGCUCAGAAAAGGUACCUGCCGAAAGCGCAGGGGGUUUACGUCUAUGA